AUGUCGACCUGGAAUCCGUCGCAUCUCUCGUCGUCCAUCAUCGGUCAUGUACGACAUCAUCCCAUACUCUUUACUUCCGCGAUAGCGAUGGUGCCGCUGGCGGCUCUGAUGAUGCCUUCGUACCGUGGCUUCAUCGACCUUGGUCCCGGUGGCCUCCCACAUAACGUCUUCGGCUGGCUUCUCCAAGGUGCCUUGCGUCCAUUUGCCCUGAAGAGCACUCGCGAUCAGAGCGCCUUUCAAAAGCCUGGCAUUUCUUCCUCGUACGGACCUCACGGAACUACUCGAUUUCUGCAGGGUGAGCUCCCUGCGCGUCAAGGAGAUAGACCGGUCAUCCCGGAUUACGUGGCACCACAGAGGCAGAAGACAGACAAAGGCGACGAAGCCCUUGUCAGCAGAAUGAAUAGCCAUCUAGGAGACUUGACGAGUCGUUGUCACGAGACGCUGGCCAUCAAAGGAUCUGGCCUGGAAGCAAAAGACAGCUCUGCAUUAUGGCUUGUCGGCACUCCGUUGCCCAAGUACCUGGUGAAAAGCACAAAGGGAGAAAUUGUUCACGUCCACCCAGAAGCCAGCUCUCACAUGAUCCUCAGCCUGAGUGAUGCAGAAGAAGCGAUGGCAAAAGGCUGGGCUGAAUUCC